AUGAUGGUUUUAGCUUACUUUAUGUUUGCAGCAUUGUUGCUAUUGUGCCUUCUCUUCCAGUACUGGGCACAUAGAACCCGGCGAAAUGUUUCAGUGGGAAACAAUCCACAGUUUAUCAAAUUUCAGCGGGGGUAUUUUGCUGUCUACUUAGUGGCGAUGUUUGCAGAUUGGCUGCAAGGUCCAUAUCUCUACAAGCUCUAUAGCUAUUAUGGAUUUAAUGAGCAGCAGAUUGCUGUUUUGUAUGUGUUUGGGUUUGCUUCCUCUGUCAUUUUUGGUGCUUGGACGCCUAUGGCAGCUGAUCAGUUUGGAAGGAAAAAAUUGUGCAUAUUUUUUACAGUUACAUAUUCAUUGUCAUGCUUGCUUAAGCUGUCUACCAGCUAUGGUAUUUUAUUAAUUGGCCGUCUUGUAGGAGGCCUUGCAACAUCUGUCUUAUUUACAGCUUUUGAAGCUUGGUACAUUCAUGAACAUUUGGAAACUCAUGACUUCCCGAAAGAGUGGAUCUCCAUAACAUUUCAACGUGCAUCUAUGUGGAAUGGUAUAUUGGCUGUUAUGGCUGGUAUUACAACAAAUAUUGUCUCUGAAUGGAUUGCUCUUGGACCAGUUGCACCAUAUAUGAUGGCAGUCCCAUUUCUGAUCUUUGUUGGAGUUAUAAUCUCAACUCAUUGGAACGAGAACUAUUCUAUGCAUAAGGUUAAAUUUGGACAUUUGUGUCAUGAAGGACUCAAAGACAUUGUAUCUAACAAGCGUAUCUUCAUGAUUGGUGCCAUUGAAGCAUUGUUUGAAAGUGUUGUGUAUAUUGUCAUUUUUUUGUGGACUCCUAUUCUGGAGCCUGGUAAACCUUCCCUGGGCAUUGUGUUUUCAUGCUUUAUGGUGUGCAUUUUGAUUGGACAGGCCGUUUUUCAGAUUUUAUCAGCUCGAGGAAUUGCUAUCACAAAAAUUCUCCUGUUUGUAGUCAUUCUAUCACUAAUAUCUAUACUUGUUUGUGUUUGCUCUACCCAUCCCAGAAUACACAGUUUGAACACAUCACUUGUAGCAUUUCUUGUUUUCCAGUUUUGUGUUGGCAUAUAUUUCCCAUUAAUGAGUUUGUUGCGAGUACGUGUAAUUCCUGAGGCGCAUCGCUAUGCCAUUAUGAAUUGGUUUCGUGUACCCUUGAACUUGAUCUCCUGUGCAGUUUUAAUGUUGCUUCACGAAGAUGUGUUUUUACAUGGUAAUCACUUGAUCUUCGUAGUCUGUGGGGGACUCUUGUCUCUUAUGUUGCUUGCAACUUACAAGUUUAUUAAAAUACCACCAACACAGGAGGAAAUCUAUGAGGAGCAAGGAGCUGGUACUGUUUUGCUUAUGGAAGCUGAACACAUCCAUAAUAUCUUUUAA